AUGGUUGCAGAAGGUUUGCAGAGAUUUGGAACAUGUGGACCGAAUGAAUUGGGGAAUUUGCUUUUUUUUGUGGAGGCUUUCCAGGUUUUGGCCGAACGGUACUGCAAUGAUAUUAAUUGCGAGUUGAACAUAUCGUGGAAAUUAGGAAAUAUGCCAGACGAUAUGAGAAAUUUAGAGGAAUACUUCUAUCAGUGUUACCGACCGGAUUACAGUCUGGCUAUAUUAAAACAUAAUUGUCGUGUCAGUAUUUUCGGUGUAUUUGAUAUACAGAUACUCUUUGGUAAAGUAGUAUCACGCGGUUAUGAGUUUGAACCCGGUGCUUAUGGGGAAGAGCGGUUUAUCAAAAUUGCAGCACCUUAUUCAAUUGGUCCUCCGGCACAGUUUGUUUCACUUCAAGAUAAUCUUUUCAAUCUACAUCGUGUGAAGUGGCGACUGAAAGAGCUAACAAACAAAGUGGAUUCAGUAUUGGAAAAAUUUGAAAAUGGUGAUAGUAUAAUGCUUUUCCGAUUCACUUUUUCAAAGAUUUGUGCUUGUAUCCGGGAACUUCAUGGUCAGAUUUUUUUUCUGCCACCAGAUUGCAAUGAAUGUUAUUCAGUGGGACCGCUGUGUAGCGCCCUUCAAAUCAAAUAUCCAUCGCUUUAUACGGGUAAAACUGCUGACAACAUUUUGCAGUUAACAGAACAAAUUUUAAAUAAAUGGCGAAGAGAAAAAAGAAGUAUAACAAUGAUUAUCGGGAACAAGAAUACAGGAAAAUCGAUGCUUGUUCGAGUAUUAGCUAAUUCACUUCUUAGAAAAGAUCGACCGCCUCCAUAUAUUCUCGACUGUGAUGUUGGGCAACCAGAAAUGAAUCCACCAGGAAGUGUUUCAUUGUUAAAACUGAGCUCACCACUUUUAGGUGCACCGGCAUUUCAACAGCGAAUUCUUCUGUCAGAUACUUAUUUUUAUGGGAAGAUUUCUUUGAACGAUGACUUCAGAUCAUAUUUGGCUAUUCUUCGGAAAUUAUUGGAAUAUUUCUUGAGUAAUAGUCUUCCAUCAUCCGCGCUUUUGAUUAAUACUUGUGGAUGGAUUGAAGGGAAAGGUGCUUCGCUUCUGGAUGAGAUGAUGAAAUUAUUUGAUCCCGAUUUUGUAUUUACUUUCAUUACUUCAUCAGGAUCCACUUACAUGAUUAAGCAAUCUACUGUGAAUGGAAGUGCAAAACCGCUUGUGUUUUAUGGUGAUGCUGUUGAAAAGCCUACGCAUAUGAUCUCCACUCCUUCCGUUUUACGAAAUCUCCGAAUAACAGCAUAUAUGGCACAUUCAUGUCCUGUUCCGACCGUGAAAUCAUUAGCCGAUGCAAUUCCUUUCGCUGUAUUAUUCCGCGAUGUAGCAGUAUUGGUGCAUUCAAAUAGCCCAUUUCCUGCAAAUCAUACAUUUGCCGUUUUGAAUUGUACUUUUGUCGCGCUUUGUGUUCGUAAUUCUAUCAGUCAAUCGAAAGAGGAUUUUAAAAAGUACGCUUAUUUAAAGGAUAAGAGACUGUUCGACGAUCAAGAUAUGCCAAUUUUAUUAAGUCCAGAUAAGGUAGAACCGCUGCACGUCGUUGGUUAUGGAUUUAUCAGGGCGAUUGAUUUGGAACAACGCAUUUUCUUUAUUUCAACACCUCUUGAGCUUUCAGACCUCCAAAAAGUCAAUGUCCUUGCUCGUGGCUUAAAUGUUGAUCUUCCGCAAUACUUCCUUGUUUCACAGGUGAAAAAACCUGUAUUUCGAAGUUGA